AUGAAGCUCUGGACGGCCCUUUUCCUGCUUCUUUCGGUCGUGUCAUGCGUACUGUCCGCAAAGUCAACCCCGGACAAGUUUGCAAGAUAUCAAUCCCUGUCUCGCUCGGGGCCUGUCGAUCUGGACAGCGCAUCGUAUGAGGAAUUGACCUCAGAACCUCGAGAUUAUUUUGCUGUGGUUAUUUUAACUGCCACAGAUGCCCGUUUUGGCUGUCUUCUGUGCCGUGACUUUGAGCCAGAAUGGGAUUUGAUCGCCCGAAGCUGGAAUAAGGGUACCAAGCCCGAUGAUCUCAAGGUGGUCUAUGGAACACUUGACUUUGAUAAUGGAAAGGCAGUCUUCCAAAAGCUCAUGCUCCAAACUGCGCCUGUGUUGCUUGUGUUCCCUCCAACCAUCGGUCCAUUUGCCAAGGUGGAAGGAGAUCCUCUUCGAUUUGAUUUCACCGGCCCGAUCUCAGCCGACCAGAUCUAUUCCUGGAUUGAACGUCAACUUCCCGACGGCCCCAAGCCCCCUCUCGUUCGACCUAUUAACUACAUGCGCAUUGUGACAACUAUUACCAUCCUCAUGGCUUCUGUCACCCUCUCUGCGGUACUUUACCCAUAUGUGCUACCAAUUGUGCAGAACCGGAACCUGUGGGCUGCAAUCAGUCUGAUCGCCAUUCUGCUGUUUACAAGUGGUCAAAUGUUCAAUCACAUUCGGAAGGUUCCAUAUGUUGCAGGUGAUGGACGAGGUGGCAUUAGCUACUUUGCCGGCGGUUUCCAGAAUCAGUUCGGGAUGGAGACCCAAAUUGUGGCUGCUAUCUAUGCUGUUCUAUCCUUCGCUACAAUCGCACUUGCCCUGAAGGUUCCUCGCAUGGAAGAUGUCAAAGGUCAACAGCUAGCCGUCUUGAUCUGGGCAGCCGUCCUUUUUGGAACAUACAGCUUCCUUCUGAGUGUUUUCAAGGCUAAGAAUGGCGGUUAUCCAUUCUAUCUGCCUCCAUUCUAG